CCACCUCUUCUGGCAAGUUGGACCUAUGAGUGCGCAGCUCAACUUACAACUAUCAACAGCCGGGAGGGUGAGCGCGUGUGAGCGCCAAGGGGGGCGCAGGACCCUUGCAACUUCUUCGCAGGACCCCAGCCGGGCCGCCAGCGUCCGCUGCUGCCCGAGAGCCCGGCGCCCGCUCCUCCCCUCCACGCACCGUAGAGGCGCCGGGAGGGCCGUCCUGCCAGCCCCGACGGGAUGCCCGCAGCCAUGCUCCCCUACGCUUGCGUCCUGGUACUUUUAGGAGCCCGCACUGCAGAGGUGGCUGGGACAGCAGGGGGUGGCCGCCUGCGCUGGGGAGCUCACUGCCAGCAGCCCCUGCCCAACAGAGUGCCUGUCACUGCACUGCUGCCCCCACGCCUUGACGGACCCUGGAUCUCCACUGGCUGCGAGGUGCGCCCAGGCCCCGAGUUCCUCACCCGCUCCUACACCUUCUUCCCCAACCGCCUGUUCCGAGCCUUCCAGUUCUACUACGCGGACCCCCUCUGCCGGGAGCCCGCCCACUCCCUGCUCAUCAAGGGCAAGGUCCGCCUGCGCCGGGCCUCCUGGGUCACCCGGGGUGCCACCGAGGCUGACUACCACCUGCACAAGGUGGGCGUCGUCUUCCACAGUCGCCGUGCCCUGGUCGAUGUCGCCAGGCGCCUCAACCGGACCCAGGCCGGCCGGGCCUGCGUCCAGCGACUGCCCCCCGCCCGGGCCUGGCUGCCCGGGGCGCUGUAUGAGCUGCUGAGCGCCCGGGCCGAGCGGGACUGCACAGCGGCCCUGGGCUUCACCAUGCACGAGCUCAGCCUGGUCCGCGUGCAGCGCCACCUGCAGCCGCAGCCCCCGGCCAGGCCCCGGCUGGUGGAGGAGCUGUACCUGGGAGACAUCCACACUGACCGGGCAGAGAGGCGGCACUACCGGCCCACCGGCUACCAGCGCCCGCUGCAGAGCGCCCUGCACCAUGCUCGCCCCUGCCCAGCCUGUGGCCUCAUCGUCCGCUCCGACGAGCACCACCCGCCUGUGCUGCCCAGCCAGGCGGCCCUGCCCAUGCACCUGGGCGGCCGCUGGGUCAGCCCUGGGUGCGAGGUGCGCCCCGCCGUGCUCUUCCUCACAAGGCUGUUCACCUUCCACGCGCACAGCCGCUCCUGGGAGGGCUACUACCACCACUUCUCAGACCCCGCCUGCCGGCAGCCCACCUUCACCAUCUACGCAGCCGGCCACUACACCAGGGGCACGCCGUCCACCAAGGUCCUCGGCGGCACCGAGCUGGUGUUCCAGGUGACGAGGGCCCGCGUGACGCCCAUGGACCAGGGCACCACGGCCAUGCUCAACUUCUCCGAGCCGAGCAGCUGCGGCGGUCCGGGGGCCUGGUCCGUGGGAACCGAGCGGGAUGUCACGGCCACCAACGGGUGCCUGCCACUGGGUAUCAGGCUCCCCCACGUGGAAUAUGAGCUUUUCAAGAUGGAGCAAGACCCCCUCGGGCAAAGCCUGCUUUUCAUCGGACAAAGGCCCACUGACGGGUCAAGUCCGGACACCCCGGAGAAGCGUCCCACGUCCUACCAAGCGCCCCUGGUGCUUUGUGACAGGGUGACCCGGGACUUCUCCGGGCCUCCACAGCACAGGCCUCUGCUGCAGAAGCCCCUGAGUGGUGGGGGGCGCUGUCCUCGAGGGGCCCCUCUCCCCUUUCUGCUCCUAGUUCUCGGGCUGGCCUUCCUUGAGCGACUAUGAAAUUGGCCUUCCACGUCUAGACAGCUCCUCGGGACAC